GUCGCUUCUUUUAUGACGUCACAUACGCGACUAGAAGGUGGACAACAACGAACGAGUUUCCCCACAGCGGACUUAACAACGCCUCAAAAACAAACCCAUCCUCUUUAUACUACAUUUAUACCCCCGAAAGGCUCGAAAGCAGCACAACAAAGCCAAGAUGUCGUACAUGCUGCCACAUCUUCACAAUGGCUGGCAGGUUGAUCAAGCCAUUUUAUCUGAGGAAGACCGAGUUCUCGUUAUUCGUUUUGGUCACGACUGGGACCCCACGUGCAUGAAGAUGGAUGAAGUACUUUACAGCAUCGCCGAAAAGGUGAAGAACUUUGCAGUCAUCUACCUGGUCGACAUCACAGAAGUACCAGAUUUUAACAAGAUGUACGAGUUGUAUGAUCCCUGCACUGUGAUGUUCUUUUUCAGGAACAAGCACAUCAUGAUAGAUCUGGGAACUGGAAACAACAAUAAAAUCAACUGGACAAUGGAGGACAAGCAAGAGAUGAUAGAUAUUGUAGAAACCGUUUACAGAGGAGCGAGAAAAGGAAGAGGUCUCGUGGUUUCUCCUAAAGACUAUUCUACAAAAUACAGAUAUUGAUUUUUAUUUUUUUGUUACUGGUCUGUGUAAUGUUUGGAUAUGUAUGCUUUUUUAUUUGAAAGACACCAGAAGAUGAUGCCAGUAAAAUGGACAAUUUACAACUAUGUUAUGUUUAAAAUUAGGUCUUUAAAGUGUGUGUUCCCUGCCCUCUGUUCAUAUGCAGCUCCCAUUUCACAAUAAAUGUUUGAUGAU